CUGUUAUCGGAAAAUCGAACUCGGCCUAGUGUUUUUUUUUCCAGUGCCGAAAACAAAAUAAAAUUUUUCAUAACAAUGUCGAGAUAUUAGAGAACACAUACAAAAUUUUAAAGCACACAUGCCUCAUUGAACAGAAGCUAACGCGAGAACCCAGCGUCAGCAGUAGCAGAAGCCACAGAUUGCAGAUCGUUGCAUAAAUCCCGCAGUUUCCCCUCCGAGACAGCGAAGCCAAGAGGUGCUCCCCGCUCCCGGCGAACUUUGGAUGCGCCGCGAUGGGCUUGAUGGUACAAGUGUUCAAGUGGGAUAAGCGAUGGCGUCUUCUUCAGCAGUGCGAUAUUAUGCUAAGGCGGACAGUUAAGAAGCAAGCGGUAAACCCGACCAAACUUGCUGAGGUGGGCCGCCUAGUGGAGGCCCGCGAUGACCGUUACGAAACCGGACAGCUUUUCCUGCAUCGCAUCUUCGGCUACCGCGGAGUCAUCCUCUUCCCCUGGACGGCACGCGUUUAUGAUCGGGACCUGCAUAACCCGAGCAAGGUCAACGCCACGGCGACAGCACCAACUCCGCCACAACCGCAACGCACCAAAGAAGCCUCGCUCAGGGUUAAGACCAGCACCUCAACUCCGCCGGAGGCCAGCAGUGCAGAUGGCAAUACUGCAACCGCCUAUCUGACUAAUGCGCCAAUCGUGACAACCACCAGAAACGUAGAUGCCGCGACUCAGGCUGAUCCGAAGGAGGUUAAGGGCAAAGUGCAAACCUUUUACCAGGUCCUCAUCGAUACCCGCGACUGUCCGCACAUUCGUGCUCAGACCGAAGCGGUGACCUUUCUGGGCAACCAGGACUCUAAUCGAAGUCUCUACGCAAUCCCUGGUCUUGACUAUGUGUCCCACGAGGACAUUAUGCCCUACAGUUCCAGCGAAAAGAAUCCACUACAACACGAGCUGUUCGACAAGUUCCUUACGCACGCCCCGGACGCCGAUCCACCGUUUGUGGGUCAGGACACGCUGAAGGCGUGGCAGGAGAAGAACCACCCAUGGCUGGAUAUGAGUGAUGUACACAAGGAAACCACGGAGAACGUGCGGAUCACAGUCAUCCCCUUUUAUAUGGGCUGCCGUGAGACACCAGCUAGCUCGGUAUACUGGUGGCGAUAUUGCAUCCGACUUGAAAACCUCGGCAAGGCAAGCGUGCAGCUGCGGGAACGGCACUGGCGCAUAUUUUCGCUGUCUGGAACUUUGGAGACGGUGCGCGGCAGAGGCGUGGUGGGCCAGGAACCCAUCCUCAGCCCACGACUGCCUGCCUUCCAGUACAGCAGCCACGUCAGUCUGCAGGCGCCCAGUGGCCAUAUGUGGGGUACCUUCCGACUAGAGCGCGAGGAUGGCUACUCCUUCGAUUGUAAAAUUCCGCCCUUCUCCUUGGAAAGCAAGCCGGAUGAUAUGGGACCGUCCACAUCGGUUACGCCCAACACCCACGGCCACCAAGACACGGACGAUAGCAAGCGCGACGAUCGUGACUAGGAGAGAGUUGUUAACCCGUAGUUAAAUGAUUUUUAAAACGCAAUCUUCUCUGACAAUGCAUGCGUACAUGUGUUUAGUUCAAAUUACAAAAAUCAACAAGGA